AUGGACUCUGAGGAUGUCUUUGAGAACUACGAGGGGUUGCUAACUCUAACUGCUGGCUGGCGCCGCAUUGGGGCGUUGGUUUCUCGCGGAAAGUAUUUUGACUCCAAGCUUGCUCAGGCUAAGCAAGUACUUGAGGCUGACAAGGACAAGCUGCUCGAGGAGAACAAAGAGCUGUCCAGACAGUACGAACAAAUGUGUGAGGACCAAUAUAUAUAUAAGUCCCAUUUUCUCAUUCACUUCCAUAAACAAACUAUAUAUCUUUGCCAAAACAUAAUGUCAGAUCAUCAAGUCUCAGAAAUCGUUCGCCCAAUAGCAACUUUUCACCCUCCUAUUUGGGGCGACCAAUUCCUCCAUUGUAAUAGUUCACAAAAAGAUUUGGAGUAUCAACGACAUCAAGUUGAAGAAUUAAAAGAAGUGGUAAGGAAAGAAAUAUUCUUAGAAUCUAAAUAUGAUGCUUCAAGCCAAUUGAAGAUAAUUGAUGUCGUUGAGCGUUUGGGAUUGUCGUACCAUUACGAAAAUGAGAUAGAAAAAGAGCUACAACAUAUUUACAACAGUACCAUUAUUGAAGAUGAAGAUCUAUAUGAUACUUCUAUUCGCUUUAGACUACUAAGACAACAUGGAUUUAUGGUUUCAUCUAAUAUAUUUGAAAAAUUCAAAGAUGAUGAUGAGAAUGGUGGGUUUAAAGAGAGCUUGGUAAGUGAUAUUCCCGGUAUGCUUAGCUUAUAUGAGGCCUCGUAUCUAAGCUUUGUUGGAGAAAAUAUAUUAGAUGAAGCACUUACUUUCACCACCAAUCACCUUGAGUUUGUGGCAAAUAAAAGAACACACCCAUUAUCGGAUGAAAUAUCCAUAGCCUUGAAAAGACCCAUAAGAAAGACCCUAGUGCCACUCCAUGCUAGGCAUUACAUUUCAGUUUAUGAAAAUGAGGCUUUUCACAACAAAGCAUUGCUGGAACUUGCCAAGUUUGAUUUCAAUCUACUACAGUGUAUCUACAAAAAAGAGCUUAGUGAAAUAUUCAGGUGGUGGAAAGAAGUGGACUUUGCACACAAACUACCUUUUGCAAGAGAUAGGAUUGUGGAACUAUACCUUUGGAUAUUAGGAGUUUAUUAUGAACCCCAAUACUCUCUUGCAAGAAAUAUUGCAACUAAAAUUCUUGCACUGACCUCAAUCGCUGAUGACAUUUAUGAUGCAUAUGGUACAUUUCAAGAAAUUGUGCACCUUACUCAAGCAAUUGACAGGUGGGACAUAAAUUUUAUGGAUCAACUUAGUCCAGAGUAUUUGCAGACAUUUUAUAAGGUUCUUUUGAAUUGUUAUGAUGAAUUUGAGAAAUCUGUGAAAAAGGAAGAAACUUUUAAAGUUCAUUAUGGAAAAGAAGAGAUGAAAAAAUUACUUGGAGCUUAUUUCGAUGAAGCUCGAUGGUUGAACCAAGGACACAUUCCUAGCUUUGAUGAACAUUUGAAAGUUUCAUUGAUUUCUUCAACUUUCCCCAUGUUGUUUGCCAACUGUUUAAUCGGAAUGAAAGAAAUUGUACAAAGUAAAGUUACUGAGUGGCUCUCCGAAGACCCCAAGAUUGUUAAAGCUUCUUCUAUUAUUGGUAGGUUCAUGAAUGACAUUGCUUCCCACAAGUUUGAGCAAGAGAGAGUUCACCCACCAUCUACAGUUGAAUGCUACAUGAAGCAAUAUGGGGUAUCCGAACAAGAGGCAUAUGAUGAACUAACUCGACAAGUGGUUAAUGCAUGGAAAGUUAUAAACGAAGAGUCCCUUAGGCCAACUGCUGUGCCUUCAUCUGUCUUAGUUCUUGUUCUUAAUUUAUCAAGGGUAAAUGAUCUUUUUUACAAAGAUGGUGACGGCUAUACACAUGUUGGAAAAGUGACCAAAGUUAGUAUUGCUGCACUGCUUAUAAAUCCAAUCCCAUUAUAAAUUGUCCAAUAUAUAUUAUAUAUAUGUAUGAGAGAUACUCUAUCUGGGAAGAGAGUACUCUAAUAAUUAAGUUUGUUGAAAUUAUAAAUAAAUUAAGUACCAUAAGUUCAUGAUCAGAGAGGGAAAAAAGAAAGAAUGAUCAUGCAAACUAUAUAUCAGUGCUUUUAUUGUCUUCUA